AUGGCGUGUCACCUCAUUCAUCCAGGCCCUGACAGUCUACGCAAAUUCACCAGAGAGUCUUUGGCUGAAAUUGAGAAAAGAAUUGCUACGGAAAAAGCUGAAAAGGCAACAAAACCUCCAAUAGAAGAUGAAGAUGAAAAACCCCAACCCAAAAGUGACCUGGAGGCUGGCAAACCGUUGCCAUUUAUUUAUGGAGACCUCCCCCCAGAAUUAAUUGCAGAGCCUCUGGAAGAAUUAGACCCAUUUUAUGGCUCAAAGAGAACAUUCAUAGUCAUAAACAAGGGGAAUACCAUCUUUAGGUUCAGUACAACGCCUGCAUUGUACAUGUUGAAUCCCUUUCACCCCCUCCGGAGAGCUGCCAUCAAAAUCCUCAUCCAUUCAUUAUUUAGCUUAUUCAUCAUGUUUACAAUUUUAGCAAACUGUGUGUUCAUGACAAUGAGUGACCCAGCGCCUUGGACUAAAAAUGUAGAGUACGUAUUCACCGGGAUUUAUACUUUUGAAGCAAUGAUAAAGGUAUUUGCCCGAGGAUUUGUCAUUGAUGACUUUACAUUUCUUCGUGAUCCAUGGAACUGGCUGGAUUUUAGUGUCAUCGCAAUGGCGUAUGUCACUGAAUUUGUGGAUUUGGGUAAUGUCUCUGCUCUAAGAACAUUUAGAGUGCUCCGGGCACUGAAAACCAUCACAGUUAUUCCAGGGUUAAAAACAAUUGUCGGAGCUCUCAUCCAGUCAGUGAAGAAAUUAUCAGAUGUGAUGAUUCUGACAGUUUUCUGUUUGAGUGUAUUUGCACUUGUUGGUCUUCAGCUCUUUAUGGGAAAUUUGAAACACAAAUGUGUGAUAUGGCCACCACCAGCGGAACUGCUAUAUAAUUACACCUUCAUAGGGAAUGUGUCGGGGAUGGACAAUGAUAGCCUGAUCAGUACAGAAUUCGACAGGCAAGCCUACCUUGAAAAUGAAGCAAACCAUUACUUUCUAGAAGGUUCUCCUGAUGCUCUCCUGUGUGGGAAUGGCACAGAUGCCGGGAGAUGCCCUGAUGGUUAUAUGUGUUUUAAGACUGGGAGAAAUCCAAACUAUGGUUACACCAGCUAUGAUACUUUUAGUUGGGCAUUUCUAUCACUAUUCCGGCUCAUGACACAAGACUACUGGGAAAAUCUCUUCCAGUUGACUCUCCGUGCUGCUGGAAAAACCUACAUGAUCUUCUUUGUGGUCAUCAUUUUCAUUGGGUCUUUUUAUCUGAUCAACUUAAUCCUGGCUGUGGUGGCAAUGGCUUACGCUGAACAAAAUGAGGCCACACGCCUGGAAGCUGAGGAGAAAGAGAAAGAGUUUCAAGAGCUUUUGGAAAACAUAAAGAAACAUCAAAAAGAACAAGAAGCUCUGUUACAUGCUUCCAAAGAAUACUUUGGUAGCCACUACUCAUUGUCAAGUGACAGAAUGCAGAAGAAAGACGGUUCUGACAAAUAUCCCACCGAGGAUGAGCACGGAACUAAGGAAGGCGAGAGUCAGCGAGGGUCACUAACAAUUCCACAAACGAAACCAUCAAUCCACAUUACAAUUAAUGGAGUUGUUUCUCAAGAUGGCGAAAGUGGCACAGCACCUAAUGGCAGAGUUGUACCAUCUACUGUUACAAACAAGGGGGACAGGAAUGAAGACGUAGCUGGUAUGGAUAUUGAAGAUGAGACUUCUGGAUCCAAACGUACCUCCACAUUUCUGGAAGAGCCACCACCGUCAAUGAGAGCCGGGAGUGUAGCCAGUUUGUACAGUGGCAUCAGGCUGGAUGAGCUGGAAGAGGCACAGCAGCAUUGCCCACCCUGGUGGUAUAAAUUUGCCAAAAGGCUUCUAAUCUGGGAUUGCUGUCUGCUGUGGAUAAAAUUCAAAGAAAUCUUGAAGAUUAUUGUGAUGGACCCAUUUGUGGAUCUAGGAAUCACUAUUUGCAUUGUGCUGAACACUCUCUUUAUGGCAAUGGAGCACUAUCCCAUGACUGAAACUUUUGAAAACAUGCUCUCUGUUGGAAAUUUGGUAUUCACAGGGAUUUUCACAGCUGAAAUGGUGUUCAAAUUGAUAGCUCUGGAUCCCUAUCACUACUUUCAAGUUGGUUGGAACAUAUUUGACAGCAUCAUUGUGACUCUCAGCUUGGUAGAACUAGGACUGGCUAAUGUGCAAGGAUUAUCGGUGCUCCGUUCAUUCAGAUUGCUGAGAGUUUUCAAACUUGCAAAGUCUUGGCCAACCCUGAACAUGCUGAUCAAGAUCAUUGGGAACUCAGUGGGUGCACUGGGGAAUCUGACACUCGUCCUUGCCAUUAUUGUCUUCAUCUUUGCUGUAGUAGGAAUGCAGCUCUUUGGCAAGAUGUACAAGCAAUGCGUUUGUAAGAUUUCAGAUGACUGCACCCUCCCACGUUGGCACAUGCACGACUUCUUCCACUCAUUUCUGAUUGUGUUUCGCAUUCUUUGCGGAGAAUGGAUUGAGACAAUGUGGGAUUGCAUGGAGGUAGCAGGACAGCCCAUGUGCCUCAUUGUUUUCAUGAUGGUCAUGGUCAUUGGUAACCUGGUGGUGCUUAACCUCUUCCUGGCUUUGCUGUUAAGCUCCUUCAGUGCAGAUAACCUCUCAGCACCUGAUGAUGACUCAGAAAUGAACAAUCUGCAAAUUGCACUCAACAGAAUCACCAGGGCGAUAGAUUUUGUGAAAGGCUUUAUUCUCAGUAUCUUUCGAAGAAAGAAACCUGACCAGGAAGUGAAACAAUUAGAUGACUUGUCGUCUUCAAAAACUGGGGCUCUUGACUUUAACCACACAGACACAGAGACUGGAAAGGAAGAGCGGUCUAAACUUGAUGGGGUUACCACAACAAAAGGGAAAAAUGAUCACUUGGGCCUCUUGGCCAACGCUCACUUGACUGUUCAUGUUCCUAUUGCCGAGGGUGAAUCUGAUGCUGAAGAGGAGGAACAAAGCUCUGAAGACACUGAGGAUGUCAACAUGGAUCGGGACCUAUUGCCAAUUAAAGAUGAAAUUCCCAAAUCAAUUAAAUUGAAUAUAGAUUCUUCCCAGUGCAGUACCGUGGAUCUGAAAGCUCAUGAGAAAGAGGUAGAGGAGGUUGCAGAAGAAAACUCUGAGAAUAAUGAACCAGAAGCAUGUUUGACAGAAGGCUGUUUGAGAGUCUGUCCUUGUCUUGAUAUCGAUAGAAAGAGUGAUCGAGGAAAGAUGUGGUGGAUUCUGAGGAAGACCUGCUUCAGGAUAGUAGAACACAACUGGUUUGAAACAUUCAUUAUCUUUAUGAUCCUGCUGAGCAGUGGUGCCCUGGCCAGGUUUGGAGAGAUAUGGACCAAACGCAGGGUGGUUGUGAAUGCACUGGUUGGCGCCAUCCCAUCCAUCAUGAAUGUGCUCCUGGUUUGUCUCAUCUUCUGGCUGAUUUUCAGUAUAAUGGGAGUCAACUUGUUUGCUGGAAAGUUUUACAAAUGCAUGAACACCACAAACUCUGAAAUAUUUCCCAUUGACCAAAUAAACAACCGCAGUGAUUGCAUGGAUUUCAGCUCAGAGAGGCCUGGUGAAGUGCGAUGGGUCAACUUGAAGGUCAACUUUGACAAUGUUGGUCAAGGAUAUCUAUCUUUACUCCAAGUGGCAACCUUUAAAGGCUGGAUGGAAAUAAUGUAUGCAGCUGUUGACUCCCGUGAGAUGGAACAGCAGCCAUCGUAUGAAAUUAAUCUGUAUAUGUACAUAUACUUUGUCAUCUUCAUCAUUUUUGGGGCAUUCUUCACUCUCAAUCUCUUUAUCGGUGUAAUUAUUGACAAUUUCAACCAACAGAAGAAAAAGAUAAGAGGAAAAGAUAUCUUUAUGACAGAAGAGCAGAAAAAAUACUACAAUGCUAUGAAGAAGCUUGGCUCAAAGAAACCACAAAAACCCAUCCCAAGACCAAAUAAUAAAGUUCAAGGAGUAUUCUUUGAUUUUGUCAGCAAGCAAGCCUUUGAUAUCUUCAUCAUGAUUCUCAUCUGCCUGAACAUGGUAACAAUGAUGGUAGAAACAGACGACCAAAGUGAAGAAAAAAACAAUAUUCUUUACUGGAUCAACUUGGUGUUUAUUGUUGUAUUUACAAGUGAAUGUGUGCUCAAGAUCGUUGCUUUAAGAUACUAUUACUUCACCAUUGGCUGGAACAUUUUUGACUUUGUUGUGGUGAUUCUUUCAAUUGUGGGUAUUAUGUUGGCAGAUAUAAUAGAGAAGUACUUUGUAUCGCCUACCCUGUUCAGAGUUAUUAGAUUGGCCAGGAUUGGUCGUGUCCUACGACUUAUCAGAGGAGCUAAAGGAAUUCGAACUCUCCUAUUUGCCUUGAUGAUGUCACUUCCUGCCUUGUUCAACAUUGGCCUUUUGCUCUUUCUGGUGAUGUUCAUCUAUUCCAUUUUUGGAAUGUCCAAUUUUGCCUAUGUGAAAAAGGAAGCAGGCAUUGAUGACCUAUUCAAUUUUGAAACUUUUGGCAACAGCAUGAUCUGCCUGUUUCAGAUCACCACCUCAGCUGGGUGGGAUGGUCUGCUCUUACCCAUUAUGAACAGCGGACCCCCUGAUUGCGAUCCCCACGUGGCUAAUCCGGGGACCGACAUAAAAGGGAAUUGUGGAAAUCCACCAGUUGGGGUCGUCUUUUUUGUCUCCUACAUCAUCAUUUCCUUCCUGAUUGUGGUGAACAUGUACAUUGCCAUCAUCUUGGAGAACUUCAAUGUGGCCACUGAGGAGAGUGCCGAACCACUUUGCGAAGACGACUUUGAAAUGUUCUAUGAAGUCUGGGAAAAGUUUGACGUGGAGGCCACGCAAUUUAUCGAGUAUGCCAGGAUGUCGGACUUUGUCGACACGCUGCAAGAGCCAUUGCGAAUUCCCAAACCGAAUAAAAUCAAGUUGAUUACCAUGGACCUACCGAUGGUGUCAGGUGACAAAAUCCACUGUCUGGAUAUCCUCUUUGCAUUGACCAAGGAGGUGCUGGGUGAAUCUGGAGAGAUGGACACUCUGAAGGAGUCUAUGGAGGAGAAGUUCAUGGCUGCCAAUCCUUCCAAAGUCUCGUACGAGCCCAUAACCACCACCCUUCGGCGGAAACAAGAGGAGGUUUGUGCAAUCAAAAUUCAGCGAGCUUUCCGGCGUCACCUGCUGAAACGCUCUGUCAAACAUGCAUCCUAUUUGUACCGCUGUAGUGCAACUGAUGCAAUUCUGCCUGAUGAACAGGCUCCAGAAAAAGAAGGACUACUCGCUGCUCGACUGAGUCAAAACUAUGGUAUAUUCCAGCCUGGUACAGAAGGUCCGCCACCGUUAGCUCUGGAAGAAGCAACAACUCCUAUAGAAGUAUUAGCAACCCCUACAGAAGGGGCGACUUCCACAGAAGAAGCAACGACUCCUACUGAAGGAGCAACAACUUCUACAGAAGAAGCAGUGACGCCUACAGAAGGAAUUCCUAUAGACACAGCAGCAACUCCUCUAGAAGCACCAGCAACAGAUGCAGCAGCGACUCACCUGAAAAUGGCAGUUACCCCUCUGGAAGCAGCCAUAACCCCUCUAGAAGCUGCAGUUACCCCUCUAGAAGCUUCAGCCACUGCAGCUGUACCAGUAGACUGGAUUCCCGAAACAAAAGACGUUAGAGAGUCAAUUGUAUAAUCGUGGUUGAAAGUGCUUAUAACAAAUCAAGCUUACAAAACACAGCACAAGGUGCCAAGGUGUUUAGCAAGAAUGCUACUCCAUCUCUAGUUUUUGAGCACUGAGAUUGCACACUACAAAUGGGAACUGUAUUAUGCAACUGAUCUUUGCAGUACAAGGCAGGAAGACCUACAGUACGUUUACAACCCUUGAGCCAGAGAAAAAUGCCAUCUUUUAAAAAGAAUCUCUGUAACAUUCUUGACAGUAAUCAACACUAUGACAAAGUGCUUAGUUGCAACUCGAAUAUGCACCCCUUGAGUCUCACAACUUGCCUUGUGUGUAAGAGAGUAACAUAAACUGUCGCUGUCUGUAAAGAGAUGUUUUGAACUAUACCCUCAUCUUCAGGAAAGUGCGGUUGAUCCUUGUACAGUGAUUGGAUUUAUAUCAGAUAUGCUGAUUUUAAUUAACACUGAACAUUAACCAGGGUUGCCUUUUGAUAGUCACGGAAGCAAAAUCAUUAUCACACGGUAGGUUAGCCCAAAGAUCAUUUCUUCAGUUUCAUUUCAAAGCUGUUCAACUUAAAAAUUCAUUUACUUCUUUCAAUA